AUGACAAGUAGAAUUGCUAAAUCUUCACUUUAAAAUAUAAAUAUUAACCCAGAAUUGCUUAUUUUUCUAAUUAUUUAUUCUAAGCUCAUAUUAUAAGCCAGAAAUAUUAAUAUAAUUAAAUAAUAAGGAAAAAUAAUUGUUUUUUAAUUUAGCAAAACUUAUAUUUUUAAUUGCAGAAAUUUUAUUUAAUUAAAGCGUUAAGGGAUUUUGGAGGAAAGUGAAAAUUUUGGGCUUAGCCGUAUCAAUCGGCCAACCAAAGAAAGGAGUUGAGUGAACCCCGCAGAUUUUGCUUGACAGCCAAAUUUCGAAUCUGUUUCACCCUCAAUAUGAAGCUGAUUGGAUUGGGAUUCUUGAUCAGCAAGUUCUGAUAGAAGAAUGAAAACAAAAAUUAGCUUUAAAUUCACCAAGCAUAGAAUCACCUGAAAAUACACUACUCCAAGAAGAGCGCCCGCCGAAAAUUAAGAAUCUUGGAGAAUUAAACUACUAUAUGGAACACCAAUAUAAGUCAAUCUUGAAGAAUAUCUCUUCAACUGAUUUCUUAUUAUCAAUAGGUGGAGACCAUUCGGUUGCGAGCGCCACUAUUUCUGCUUCCCUCAAACUCCAAAAAGGCAAUCUUUCAGUUAUAUGAAUAGAUGCACAUGGUGAUUGCAAUACCCCAGAUAUUUCACCUUCAGGAAAUUAUCAUGGAAUGCCACUCGCCCACGUUUUUGGUCUAUUUAAGAAAAAUCCCUUUUCUUGGAUGUCAAAUUUUCUUCCAAUCCAGCGAUGUGUACAAAUUGGAAUCAGAGACCUGGAUGGCGAAGAAGAAAAACUGAUGAACUCUAUAGGACUCAAAUAUUUUACUGCAAGCCAGGUAAGGAACUAUGGGAUACAACAAGUAAUAAAAGACUCAUUAGCAUAUGUUGAUCCUGAAAAUAACAGAAAUAUCCAUCUUAGCUUAGAUGUGGAUGGAUUUGACCCUACUUUUGUUCCAGGUACUGGCACUUUGGCUCCAAAUGGACUGUUUAUAGAAGACUACUCAGUAGUGGUUGAUUUUCUUUUAAAAAAAAUAUAUUUUUAGCUUAAUUUUUAUAAAAUGAUAAAAAAAUGUCCAGUGGUUGAUGAAAUCAAGAAAUGUGGGGAAAGGUUUUCGUCAAUGGAUCUGGUCGAAGUCAAUUUUCAAAUUGAAAAAGAACAGACUUUAAAAGCUGUCAAAGAAAUACUAAAAACAACCUUUUCUGAUUAA